GCGAACGACACGGUUCUCGAUCGUACAUCUCGUGUGAAUUUUCCUCCUUCUUUUCCUCUUUCCUUAUUACGUCGAAGAAUUACAUCCUCUUCGGAACGCGAACACGAGCUCGCGAGGAUGCGCCUGAAUUCCUCAUCCAGGAGUCUCGCACGUCUUCGUCGUCGUAAUUCGAUCCCAGCUUCGUGAUCGAUCUCGAUCAGGUUACGACAGAAGAGGACGAUAGAAUUCGCGCCGCGAAUAGUAUUGGACGGGUAAUUAAUAAUGCUAUGAUCGGCGGAGGAGAGACGGAAAGAGGUGUAGGAAAAACGAUCAGCAUGAGAUGUUUCGAGAGCUUCUUCAAGCGCACCUGGCGACCGCAGCAGGUGCAUCAGAUGGAUUCGCCCUCGAGAUUUGAGCUGGCGACGAAGACAGCGGAGAUGCACCGGCACGCUGCCGGUGAAACCACGGAGCUGGGCGAGGUGAAGGCGACCGCGCCGAGCAGCAACGUCGCGACGUCGAUGCCUUCGACGGCGCACACCAGCGGCAGCGACGCGACGCCCUGCAAGAACGGCAACUGCAAGGUCUGGAGGAGCAGCCGAGUCGGAGGCAGCGAGCAGCGCACCGAGAGUCCCUGGCACUCGCUCAAAACCGUCUUCCUGGUCUCCGUGAUCGUGGCAUUCCUCCUCUGGAUCAUCGUCUACACCCUGCUGGACCAGUAUCGGAUCUUGUGAUCGGGAUCAUCCUCGCUCUACAAAUCCUGCAGUGUCCUCGCGAUCGCGAAUCAGCGAUGAAUUCUGCGACCUCGUGAUUUAUGGGUGAUAUCGGAUCUUGGUGGUGAUCCCGCUGGUGUUGAGAUCGCGAUUUGUAAUCGGAUCCACGCGACUUCCAUGUUCUCCAUUAUAAUCGCUAGUUUGCGGGUCCUGUGACUUCCGCAGGUUCCCAAGUAAACCACACGGAAAGAACGAUUUUGCUGAAGUAU